AUGCCUGUGCGACCCUCCUCCCCUCCCCUCCCCUUCCCCUCCCUCACCUUCCCUCCCCUCCUCUUCCCUGCCCUCCUUCGUCUUCCCCGUCUUCCCCUCUUCUCCCCCGUUCCUCUUCUCCCCCGUUCCUCUUCUCCCCCGUUCCUCUUCUCCCCCUUCCUCCCACUUCCCCCAGUGCCCGUGCUGCUGCAGCUGCAGAACACGCUCGAGCUCGUGCACUACAAGUGGGCGGGCUUGCCCGUGCCUCUGCAGCUGCAGAACACGCUCGAGCUCGUGCAAUACAACUGGGCGGGCGGGCUUUUGAGACGUCUAAAACGUUCCCUUUAUUCUCUCCCCUUCCUCCCACUUCCCCCAGUGCCCGUGCUGUUGCAGCUGCAGAACACGCUCGAGCUCGUGCAAUACAACUGGGCGGGCGCGGGGGACUGCGCGCUCGCCGCGGAACUCGGGGAGGCGGAAACCAGGGGAGAAGCGCGGGGAGAACCGGGGGUAGAGGCCGCGGCAGCAGCAGCGGCGGUGGGUGGGGCGGCGGAGCCGUUGUUCCCCCUGCGGGGGAAGGCUGCGGGGGUAGUGGGGCGCGCGGGGUGGGCGGGGGUGGCGUGUGACUCUCAGGGGAACCCCGUCCGCAUGGAGUUCCCCCGACAGGGCCUCACUGGGCAUCUGCCUCUUGACGUCUCCAGGCUCACCUCGCUCACCAAGAUGGACCUCUCGUCCAAUUUCCUCUUCGGCAGCAUCCAGCCGUCCAUCACCGCCGCCUUUCCACGCCUCACAGCACUACUGCUAUCAAGCAACCGCCUCACGGGCCGAGUUCCAUCACGCCUCCCGCCUCUCCUCUCCACCCUCUCCCUCUCCUCCAACUACCUCUCGGGCUCCCUCCCCCGCACCUCCCUCCUCUGCUCCCCCGCCUCCUUCUCCCUCAACUGCUUCUCCAAACAAGACCUUUAUUCCUGCUUCGUCUCCCGAACCAGCCAGCCAGGCUCGGCCGGGCCUCGCUUAGGCUCCGCUGUGCUGGACCUGGCGUCUCUUGUGGAGCAGCAGCGGCCGGAGCAGCAGUGCGGGGAGGCGCUGUGUGGGGGAAUAAGCGAAGGGGAGUAUUGUGAGGGGAAGGGAGUGUGCCGCCCAAUGAUCCUCAGUCCGGCAUUCAAGUAUGGCGAUGUGCUGCCGUGGAUGUGUGCAUGCCACGACGGGGAAGUGGGUCGAUGCUGGGCCCCAGAGUGUGCCUAUGUCGAGAAGAGGGUUGUGGGGGAAGAUGAGGAUAUGGAUGGGCUAGAUUCCCGAUUGAUUAAUCUAUUCCUGAUCUUGAACCUGGACAACCAUCGUCGCCAAAUAAGUCUGGUGGUGUUUGCAAGCAAGGCUGGCGUGUUGAGCUUUCACGUGCCUCUGGCGGAGGAGGAGGUGGUCCAGUUCCUGUGCGAAGGGGAGGUGACGACAUGCGCUGCUACGAGUGCGGCGAACCCGGUCAUUUCGCCCGCGAGUGUCGCAUGCGUCUCGGAGGAGGCGGAGGCGGAGGUGGAGCGCGCGGUCGCAGCCCUCCGCGCUAUCGCCGAAGCCCGGAUUACGGUCGCGAGAGGGAUGAUUCCCCUCGGCGCAGGAGCCCCUCUCCCCGCCGCCGGAGCCCGUCCCCCGGUCGUCGCCGGAGCCCCUCCCCCCCCCGCCGCCGGAGCCCUUCCCCGGACAGGCGCCGCGGAAGCCGAUCUCCCCCGCGCGUCCGCAGCCCGGCUCCCGGGUCCCCGCGUCGUGACGAGUGAGUGCUCGCGUGCUUCAUCCGCCCCGUUUUACCCUCUAUUGCGGCCACCAUUACGCCCCCCCCGUUCUCCUUUUGCCGCCUUCCCUCCUGUCUUCCUCUCUUGUCUCUCCCUAUUCUCCCUUUCCCCAAAUCCUUCCUGUUUCUCGCUGUCAACCCUCCUGCGCAAACCUCUCUUCCCUCACCCUCCCACUCCCCCUCGUGCUCUCCAUAUGUACCUGCCACCUGGAUCUGAUUUGUUUCUCUCUCUUAGCUCGCCUGACGCCAAGUGA